AUGGCUGCGGAGAGUUCGACGGCGGCGGCGAGCGCCAGAUCUGGCGGCGGAGGACCAUCGGCGGACUCGUACAUUGGCAGCUUGAUAAGCUUGACUUCGAAGAGCGAGAUCAGGUACGAAGGGAUACUCUACAAUAUCAACACCGAAGAGUCUAGCAUCGGCCUACGCAACGUGAGGUCGUUUGGUACAGAAGGUCGGAAGAAAGAUGGUCCGCAGGUCCCUCCUAGCGACAAAGUUUACGAAUACAUACUAUUCAGAGGAAGUGAUAUUAAGGAUUUACAAGUCAAAGCUUCUCCACCAGUUCAGAGCACUCCACCUAUAAACAAUGACCCCGCAAUUAUUCAGUCUCACUAUCCCCGUCCAUCAGCUCCAACCGCAAGCAUGCCUGUGGCAGCCCCGAACGGGUCAUUGCUGGACCAUGGCUCCCAUUCUUCACAAAUGGGACUGCCUGGAUCGACUUUCCAAAACAACAUGCAUUUAUAUCAACCUGGUGGGAACUUGAACUCAUGGGGACCUUCUCCGUCAAACCCAAACGGUAGUGGCCUGGCCAUGCCAAUGUACUGGCAGGGAUUAUAUGGCACACCUAACGGGCUGCCCGAACUGCCCCAGCAGUCCCUUCUUCGACCACCCCCCGGCCUGUCUAUUCCUCCUACCAUGCAUCAGAUGCAAUUUUCGAGCUUUAAUUCAUCUCUGCCAACAGCUUCAUCUAGUAUGCCUGCUUCAACUCUGCCAGAUUACCAGUCAUCCUUGGUUCCGAACAGCACAAGUUCCUCUACUUUGACUCCUAAUACUUCGUCGACUUCCCCAAUCUCGUCUUUGAAUGUUCCCCCUCUACAGCCCAUCCCGCUUGUAUCUGGAACAAUGAGUAAUCCACUUCAAAACAAAGCUCCCCCAGUUUCUGGCUCUGGUAUCCUGACAUCAACAAACUCUAGCCUCCCAUCUUUAGCUCAACUUCCAACUUCAAUUCCUUCUGACGCCGGAUUACAUUUGGUUGCUAGCAAACCUAGUCCAGUACCUGGUCCAGCUGCGGGCCAGCAAAGUAUAUCAGAAGCCGGACCACCAUCUUUUUCUCGGGCAUCUGGUUCUGUUCUUACAGAAAAGCAUACACCACCACUUGUAACUCCUGGUCAACUUCUGCAAUCAGCACCACCUGCUAUCUCUGCACCUCAAACAUCACAGACAAUGCAGAAGGAUGUCGAGGUGGUCCAAGUGUCAUCUAAACCACCGCCAGAGGCUUCAGUGCCGGCAGCAUCGGAAGCUCAGCCACCAAUAUUACCUUUACCGGCAAAUGCAAGAGCUCAAAAGCAUAAUGGAGGUGGUUAUCACAUGCGAAACAAUUACAGAGGGCGUGGCGGAAGAGGAUCUGGGAUCUCACGCCCUGUUGCUAGAUUCACCGAAGAUUUUGAUUUUACAGCAAUGAAUGAGAAAUUCAAUAAAGAUGAAGUGUGGGGUCAUUUGGGAAAGAGUAACAAAUAUCAAUCCAAAGAUGAUGAAAAUGAAAGUGAUGAAGAAGAUGAUUCACAGGUGGAGGAUGAUGCUGAAUCACCAAAGAUUGAGAUCAAGCCUGUUUAUAACAAAGACGACUUUUUUGACUCCCUAUCCUGCAAUUCACUACAAAAUGACCCGAAUCAUGGAAGGACUAGGUAUUCAGAGCAAAUGAAGCUGGAUACUGAGACAUUUGGAGAGUUUUCAAGGUACCGAGGUCGUGGUGGACGUGGGCCCAGCCGUGGUGGCGGUCGGUUUCGUGGGUCGUACCAUGGGAGGGGUUAUGGUGGGUAUGGCGGCUAUGUGGGAAGGGGCCGUGGUAGAGGCAUGCGGGUGUGUGGAUGGGUAGACACUGCGUGCAUGGUGACUAUCUGCGGCGCGGAUUGGUUGCGCUUCGCGGGCGCACCGACCAUUGCAGACGAGGCGGGUGUCUCGCGGGCGCGACACUUCGGAAGGUCGUAG